UGACAUCAUUUCGUUGAACUGCUCACGGAGGAAGAUGGCAUGAGACGGAUGUCUGGUCUUGUGUCUCUCUCCAGGCCGCCUCGGAUCCAGUGCCACCUGCUGCCCCCUCGUGGCCUUUCUCCUCUCUUCUUCCCCUGUGUCCUUGUUGCCCAUCUCGCAAAUGGGGCUACUAUGUUCAGAAUCCUAGUUGUACCUCUGUGGAUUUGCAUAUGGAAGGUAAACUUAAAAAUUGAAAGAAGCCACAGGAAAAGGAGAGGACAGGAGGCGAUCAGCUGCACCCUGAACUGUAGCUGCCAGGGUUUCACACCCGGGAAGAUCCACCACCGCCGGUGUGAGCAGUGCAGACACGGAUGGGUGGCCCACGCUCUGAGCAAGCUGAGGGUGCCCCCCAUGUACCCCACGAGCCAGGUGGAGAUUGUCCAGUCCAAUGUGGUGUUCGAUAUCAGCAGCCUCAUGCUCUACGGGACCCAGGCCAUCCCUGUGCGCCUGAAAAUCCUACUGGACCGGCUCUUCAGUGUGCUGAAGCAGGACGAGGUGCUCCAGAUCCUGCACGCCUUGGACUGGACCCUCCAGGACUAUAUCCGGGGAUACGUGCUGCAGGACGCGUCGGGAAAGGUGCUGGAUCGCUGGAACAUCAUGACCGGCGAGGAAGAGCUGGCCGCCCUGCAGCAGUUCCUUCGCUUUGGGGAGACCAAGGCCAUCGUGGAGCUCAUGGCCAUCCAGGAGAAGGAGGAGCAGUCCAUUGUCAUGCCACCAGCCGCGGCAAACGUGGACAUCAGGGCGUUCAUCGAGAGCUGCAGCCACAGGAGCACCGGCCUCCCCGCCCCCGCGGACAGGGGGACCCCCAGCAGCCUGCACCCCUUUGAGAACCUCGUAAACAACAUGACCUUCAUGCUGCCCUUCCAGUUCUUCAACCCUGUGCCCCCCACGCUGAUAGGGUCACUGCCCGAGCAGUACGUGCUGGAGCCGGGUCAGGACCAGAGUCAGGAGCCCAAGCAGGAGACGCACGGACCCUUCCCCGGCGGUGGCGGCGGUGGCUUCUUGACCUCUGCUCCUGCGUCAUUUCAGGUCGAUAAAGAGCCGUGUCUCAACUGCCCGGACACCGUUCCCAAAAAGGAAGAUGGCGCCCAUUUAAGCGACUUGGGUUCUUACCACCUUGUCCCGAAGCUUGAAAGGACCCAGUUGUCCCCCGAGGCCAAAGGGAAGCCCGAGAGGCACAGCCUGGGCUCGAAGAAGGGCCGCGUGUUCUGCACGGCGUGCGAGAAGACCUUCUACGACAAAGGCACGCUCAAGAUCCACUACAACGCCGUCCACCUGAAGAUCAAGCACAAGUGCACCAUCGAGGGCUGCAACAUGGUCUUCAGCUCCCUGCGGAGCCGGAACCGCCACAGCGCGAACCCCAACCCCCGACUGCACAUGCCCAUGAACAGGAACAACAGGGACCGGGACCUGAGAACCAGCCUGCACCUGGCCGCCUCGGACAGCUACGAGCACCCGGGCUUCCCCGCAACGUCUCCGGACUGCAGGCCCCCGCCUGGCUACGUGGCGUCCGGGGAGGACCCCAGGGGCCAGCCGGCCUUCCCGAGCCUGGGGCCGGAUGGGGUGCUCUUCCCCAACCUGAAGACGGUCCAGCCGGUCCUGCCUUUCUACCGCAGCCCGGCCACCCCGGCCGAGCUGGCCAACACCCCCGGCAUGCUGCCCUCCCUCCCGCUCCUGUCCUCUUCCAUCCCGGAGCCGCUGGCGCCGCACGACGGCCCGCUGGACGCCCUUCCCAAGAAGAAAUCCCGCAAGUCCAGCAUGCCCAUCAAAAUAGAGAAGGAGGCCGUGGGGGCGGCUAACGACAAGCGGCUCGCUCUCAGCUCCGAUGAAGAUGUGCCCCUGCGGGUGGCCAGCGAGGAGGAGCCCGAGGCCGGCAGCCCCCGGGCGUCGGACAGAGCACCUGAGGAGCCGUGCGCGCUGUCUGGGGGCUUGGGGGGGCCUCUCCCGGGAGGAGAGAGGGUCUGCCCUGGGGAUUCAGGGCUGGAGUCCGGCGGGGCUAUCCGCAGGAGCCCCGAGUGGGCCACACGGCCGCCAGAGAGGGAGGUGGAACAGAAGCCAGCCCUGCCCGCCGUGCCAAGGGAGCCGCAGGACAGUGGCCAUGAACCUCACCUCGCAGCCGGGACGGAGCCCUGCGCCCCCUUCCCUGACUACAUCAGCCUGCAGCAGCGCCUGCUCGCUGGCGGGCUCCUCGGCGCCCUGUCUGGCCGAGGAGUGGCUUUUCCUUGUUUCGAAGACGCCAAGGAGCCAGAACCCGUGGGUCCGCGUGCGUCCGGGCGGCAGAAGGAAGAAGCUCGCUUCCAGUGUGACAUCUGCAAGAAGGCCUUCAAAAAUGCGUGCGGCGUGAAAAUGCACCACAAGAACAUGCAUGCCAGAGGGACGCACGUGUGCACCGUGGAGGGCUGUAAGGCCACGUUCCCCUCGCGCAGGAGCAGAGACAGACACAGUUCAAACCUAAACCUCCACCAAAAAGUGUUGACCCAGGACGCACUGGGGAGCCCUGACGACCAUCUCCGUGCAGCUUACCUUCUGAAAGACGUGGCGAAGGAGACCUUCCAGGACGUGGCUUUUGCGCAGCAAACCUCCCAGACAUCUGUCAUCUUCAAGGGAGCGAGUCGGAUGGGCGGCCUGGUUUACCCGAUCGCCCAGGUCCCCAGCGCCGGCCUGGAGAGUUACAACUCCGGGCCGCCGAGCGACGGCACCGUCUUGGAUUUGAGCACUACCUCGAGCAUGAAGUCGGAGAGCAGCAGCCAUUCCUCUUGGGACUCAGACGGGGCCAGUGAGGAAGGCACCAUGCUCAUGGAGGACAGCGAUGGGACCUGUGACGGGCCGAGCCUUGUCCCCGGGGAUGACGAGUACCCUAUCUGCGUCCUGAUGGAGAAGGCCGACCAGAGCCUCGCCAGCCUGCCUUCUGGGCUGCCCAUCACGUGUCACCUCUGCCAAAAGACAUACAGUAAUAAAGGGACCUUCAGGGCUCACUACAAGACCGUGCACCUCCGUCAGCUCCACAAAUGCAAGGUUCCGGGCUGCAACACCAUGUUCUCCUCUGUCCGCAGCCGCAACAGGCACAGCCAGAACCCCAACCUGCAUAAAAGCCUGGCCUCGUCCCCGAGUCACCUCCAGUAA